AUGAAGAUAUCUGAAAAAUUAAGUCAAGCUCAUAGGGGAUCAAAACCUCCACCAGCGACAUUUUCGUUUGAAUUUUUCGUUCCCAAAACUUCACAAGGGGUGCAAAACUUGUACGAUAGAAUGGAUAGAAUGUAUGAUUUGAAUCCGAUAUUUAUAGAUAUCACUUGGAAUGCAGGAGGCAGAUCAUCCACUUUGACCAACGAAAUGGUAUACACUGCACAAUCAACUUUGGGUUUAGAGACAUGUAUGCAUUUGACAUGUACUAACAUGAAAGUCGAAUUGAUUGAUGAAGCUUUGGAAAAGGCUUAUAAGUCUGGUUGUCAAAACAUUUUAGCAUUGAGAGGAGACCCACCUUUGGAUGGAUCGGAAUCUACAGGUGAUUUCAAAUAUGCUAAAGAUUUGAUCAAGUAUAUUCAUAAAAAAUAUGGCAACCACUUUAAUAUUGGUGUGGCAGGCUACCCUGAAGGUCAUCCAGAAGAAGAGGAUGAGCAGAAAACAUUGCAAUAUUUGAAAGAAAAAUGUGACGCUGGAGCUGAUUUCAUUAUUACUCAAAUGUUUUAUGAUGUUGAGAACUUUGUUUCUUGGUGUAGCAAAUUACGCAAAAUUGGAGUUGAUAUCCCAAUCAUUCCAGGUAUUAUGCCUAUUUCUACUUAUGCUGCAUUUAUAAGAAGAGCCAAGUGGUCUGAAAUAGUUAUUCCACAGCACUUUCUAGAUGCAUUAGACCCCAUCAAAGAUGAUGAUUUUUUGGUAAGAGAACGAGGAACAGAAUUGGUUAGUGAAAUGUGUAAUAAAUUAUUACAAUCUGGAUAUGUCAAUCAUUUGCAUUUUUACACCAUGAAUUUGGAAAAAGCCACUGUUAUGAUUUUGGAGAAAUUGAAUCUUAUUGAAGCUAUCAAAUCGCACGAUGUUGUUGGUGGAUCUGAAUUACCUUGGAGAAAAUCAUUGCAUCCAGAAAGAUCUAAGGAAUCGAUUCGUCCGAUUUUUUGGCAACAUAGAAAGUACUCUUAUAUUUCAAGAACAGCAACUUGGGAUGAAUUUCCUAAUGGUAGAUGGGGUGACUCGAGAUCUCCUGCUUUCGGUGACAUUGAUUUGUGUGCUAGUGAAUUAUUGAGACAGUCACCUAAAAAAGCUUUCGAAUUGUGGGGUCUUCCACAAUCAUUGGCCGAUUUGAGUGGGAUAAUUAUCAAUUAUUUAAAGGGUGAUUUGAAGUCGUUACCAUGGUCUGAUGGUCCUGUAGGUGAUGAUACUAGGGUUAUUGUUGAUGACUUGAUAUAUUUGAAUCAACACGGAUUUUUUACUAUGAAUUCACAACCUGCAUUGAAUGCAGUCAAAUCGUCUGAGAAAGUUUUUGGCUGGGGUCCCAAAAAUGGCUAUGUGUAUCAAAAACAGUAUUUGGAGUUCUUUUGUCAUAAAGAUGUCGUUUCCAAGUUGUUAGAUCAAGUUGAGGAAUUCAACAUAAAAGGAGCAGAAUCUUCGUCAGCUUUUAUUUCGUAUUAUGCUGUGGAUAAAGAUGGCAAUUUAAGUACAAAUUGUAAAGAUGAUGACAUUAAUGCUGUCACUUGGGGUGUAUUUCCAGGAGAAGAAAUUCUUCAGCCAACAAUUGUUGAGAAAACUUCAUUCUUGGCAUGGAAGGAUGAAGUUUAUAGAUUGUUCACUGAAUGGGCCAAGAUUGCCAGUAGCAAUUUAGUUGAAGCUGAUCAAACACAAGUAAACGAAUUUGUCCGAUUAAUGAAAAAGUUCGGAGAUGAAUUUGUUUUGUGCAAUUUGGUAAACAAUGAUUUUGUUGAUGGCAAUUCCACCCUUUUUGAUUUGAUCAAGCGUUUGAAUGUUAAUGAUUUGAAUUAA